CGAGGUCUGCACCCGUUCCCGUACCCGUUGAAAGCAGCGCCGGUGCUUGCUCGCUUGUACAAACUCGGGCGGCACGCGGGCGCGCGCACCGGGCCGCAGUGGCGCGUAAAACAGGCACCGAGGCCCACUUAUCGAGAGAAGGACAGCACGGGGCCGGACAGCGGCCACUCGUACGACGGGCGGGGCGGCUUGGAGGUCACUGUUUCAUUCUGACCGCAAGACGAUAUCUGCUAAGAUGUGAAGUGUUUCACGGAGACAUCAGCGGACAGUGCGGGACGGUUAUCGAGGACGGCUUCUCUGAAGACGUGAACCUUCAAGCAUGAAGACUCAUUCAUGACACAUAAGGCGUCCGAGCUCGAGGCCGCGCCAAAGGGACCUAAUGGUGGUGGUGGUGGUGGAGGUCCUGCUGGGCGCAACGACAGCCCACCAGAGCCCGUCAGCCUGCCCAUCAGGGACGACUAUGAACGCCGGCUGAGGCUAGCCAUGGAGCGACGUCGAGAGUACAACGACUUCCUCACCAGGAAAGAGGCCGAGGAGGAAGCGAAACGGCUCAGGAGGCGGAAACACUGCAGGCGAGCGACGUCGCAUCUGGAGCACCUCAGGGCGACAGCUGCACAGAACGAGUCCAAGCCAAUGCUGCCUAAGGAACCGAGUGACAACCGCGCCAGCGCUGUUUCCAGAGUACAGUCGAGAGCGGACCACGCGGUCAGUGCCGACGCAAACCACACGCCGACUAUUCUACCAGCUAUCAACGGCCAGUCGUCCGCUUCUGGCGCCAAAAGCGACAAAGAUGGACGACGCUCACGGUUGUGCAACGGCACGAAAAACGGAGAGCUGGCCGUGGUGGCCACGCUGAAAGAAGAAACUGCCAAGCUCAAGGAGGAGAGGGAAGAGUUCGCCAAACUAGUGAGUAGCUUGAAGGAAGUGAUGUCCGAAGUUCAGAAACCUGCCACCAGAGCGGCGUUGACUGCCUGCCUAUCAAGGAGCAGAGGACAAUCACCCGGCCAUGCAGAGACUGAAGUUGAAGAUCAUGUGCCUGCCCAGUGGGAAAGAAGUCAGAGUUUGGACAGGGGGUAA